UUUCUAAAAAUAGAUUUUAUACGUAUCAUUGUAUAUAAAGAUAAAGUCAUACCGCAGUAGUGAUGGAAAAAUUAAAUGCUCAAAUGGAAACCAAAAGAACUUGUCAACGCCCCUUGGCGUGUGGACAUCAUUGCGGGGGCAUACCUAAUGAAAAUGUUUGUGCACCUUGUAUAAUGAAAGGAUGCCAGAAUCAGAACUUCUAUGGAGAUGGCUAUUGUAUAAUGUGCACUGAACCGUGGACAUCUAAACCUAUUAUACAAAUUGUUUGUGGACAUUUGUUCCAUUAUGACUGUAUCCGACAAAUGUUGAAGAAUCGCUGGCACGGAUCAAGGAUUACGUUUGGAUUCAUGCUAUGUCCUUUAUGUAAGGUUUCGAUAAGUCAUUCUGACCUUUGUGAAAUAAUGUCACCUUUGGUUCACCUGUACGAAAAAAUCAAAACCAAAGCACUGACUCGUCUGCAGCAUGACGGAUUGUUCCAAGCCAAAGACAUCACCCAACCAUCAGGCAAAUAUUAUAAAGACCCGACUGGAUUUGCAAUGGACACAUAUGCAUACUACAUGUGUUCAAGAUGCCGACAGCCGUACUUUGGUGGAGAGAGACGUUGUCAGGACGAGGUAAAAGAGGUGAAUCCCAAAAAAUUGAUCUGUCCACUGUGUCGUGUUACGACUAAAAACAAAGAUACCACCAAAAAGAAAGUGUGUUCUAAGCAUGGACUGGACUACCUGCAAUACAAAUGCCGCUUUUGCUGUUCACUAGCUCUAUUUCAUUGUUUUGGUACCAGUCAUUUCUGUGAAAAUUGCCACGAGUAUUAUUCAGUUGUUUACAACGCACCAAGGGAAAGCUUGCCAAAAUGUCCAGCAGGUCCUUGUGGUCAACAGCUUUCAGGCUCCGAAUGUCCUCUGGGAAUUGAGCACCCUCCUACCGGAGAAGAAUUCGUCAUUGGCUGUGUCAUGUGCUUAAACUCAAACUCUUAUUAAAUUGUUGUAAAACAUUUUAUUACUUUUAUAAAUAAAUUA